CAGAACAGGCUUGCAGAAUCAACUCAAUACCUACAGCUUAAUCGAAAUGGCCAAAGGCAAAACAUCUGACAAAAAUACUCCAGUUCCAUCAGUACCUACCCGUGCGAGCAGGCGAAAAAGAAAUGUAGAUGUAGAAAGCCCUUCUUUAAAGGCCUCAGCUCCACCUAAGAGAAAACGGCAAAUAGCUAAGGAUCAAAACUCUAAUUUGACAAUCACAAAUGACAAUACAUCAUGUGUAACAAAACCAUCGCAUGCAGACACAGAUGCAUCUACUAGCACUGGCAGUACGCUGUCACCAUUAGAUAUUAACACUCAUGGAUCCAACCUUGUGUUUCCAUGUUCCUUGCAUCCCAGAAAGUCAACCUACCAGUUCACAUGCUCGACACCAAGCCCCAGAUACCAGGCAAGCUGCAACAGUGUGAUACAGCACUUAUUCGCAAACAGAAUGGGUCAUGGUGGAAAAUUCAACAAUUUAAAAAAGAGUGCAAAAUCUUCCAUAGUUCAACUCGUGACUGACAUGCAGUUGUAUCGGACAGCUAGUCCUUUUGACAGGCGUGUGACUGCUCUAGAGUGGCACCCGAACAAUCCUAGCAUGCUGGCUGUAGGGUCCAAAGGUGGUGACAUUAUACUAUGGAAUGUCAAUGAACUCAACCAGGACACAUUUGUUCAAGGGAAAGGUCCAGGGGGAUCUAUUCAAGCCAUGAAGUUCUGGCCUGAUGACCCAAAGUGCUUGCUGACAGCAUCCAUAGAUGGGAAGAUAGAGCUACAUGAUUUUGAGGGUGUACAAAACAAAGUGUUCCUUGAUACCAUGGACCUUGACCAUUGGUUCUGUGGAGUGGAUGUAAACUCACAGAGGAAGGUGCUAUCUGCUGGCGAUAACAAAGGGAAUGUCACUCUUAUGAAUACUCAGGGCAAAAAGAUCUGGCAGUCAAGACUUCAUAAGAACAAGGUAACCCAUGUAGAGUUCAGCCCAAGAGAGGACUGGUUGCUAUGUACUGCCUCUAUGGACCAAACUGUUCAGCUGUGGGACCUCAGAAUGGUGAAAGAUAGGUCAUCAGUACUCAAAGUUCUUCCUCACAGCAAGGGAGUCAAUUCUGCAUAUUUCAGUGUAUCUGAUGGUACAAGGUUACUAACUACAGACCAGUACAGUGACAUUAGAGUAUACAGAUCCCCUGAGUGGCACCUAGAAACCAAUAUACAACACCCUCAUAGAGGCUUCCAGCAUAUCACACCUAUAAAGGCUCAGUGGCAUCCACUAGAAGACCUUAUUAUUGUUGGUCGCUACCCUGACCCCAAGUUCCCAGGUUAUACACAGGGUGAGAAGCGUACCAUCGAUGUAUUUGAUGCUGAUACAGGAGAUGUUAAAUGCCAAUUGCAUGACCCAGGAGCACCUGGUAUUAUUUCUUUGACAAAGUUUAACCAUCAAGGAGACAGUUUGGCAUGCGGAAUGGGUUUCAACAUCUUACUAUGGAACAGACGAGAGUUUGUAGAAGAAAAGCAAGAAAAACUGAUGUCCCAGUUUAAUACUCAUUUCAACACUAACAAUGACGCAAAUAACACAAGCGCGCCUGAAUCUACAGACAAUUCAGGUAAUUCAGGUGGAAAGACAAAAGGAAGCAAAAAUACAAAAACAAAAAAGGAUAAACAAACGAGAGCUGAUGAUGCUGCUGUAAAAGCAAAAAUAGCAAAGACUAAGAAGAAAUGAAGGAGAUCCUUACGUACCAAUAAGCAUUAAAACUCAGGAAUAUGAAUACUGAAGAUUGGAGACACUUAUACACAGUCAGACAGUGCAUUGCUUGUAGUCAUUAUAUGUCUCUCGGCCAAUCAUCUUAGAGUAUUUCAGUGUAUUAAUUGAAGGACAUAAAUGAAGGUACAUGUAUAUGGUCAACUGAGCAGAAAUAUCAUUUUAUAGUGCAUUGUGGUUUCAUAAUGAACUGAGCAGUGACAUUAUUGGUAAAAGAGUAACAUCCUCACAGUGCAUUAUGGUUUCAUAA